AUGCAGGGGUGGGAUCUGACUAGCAUGCUGGGCUCAAUGCUCGAUUCCUUUGAUUCCUGUGCUUGCCUGCGUGGGCUUCGCGCCUGUGCAGGAUGUGCACGCCAAGCGAGCGGGCCAGGAAUCAUUUUCAGCGGCACGGGCUCAUCUUGUGCCCAGCCAAUGAUACGCUGUGCCAUCGGAGGUGAGGGUGCCGUUCCUGGUUGCCAGUCCUGCGAAGUUGCUUUACGCUAUGGCCGCAGCAACCCAAACUGGAGAAACAACGUGGGGUUGAUUGUGAGAUGGGAGCAGCCGGAUGGUCAGGUGAAGCAUGUGCAGAUCGACUGCGGCAAAACCUACCGCGAGUCAGUGCUCUCGGUAUACAAAGCGCACCAGGUCUUGUCACUGGAUGCAGUGCUCCUGACACAUGACCAUGCUGAUGCAAUUCUUGGCUUCUUGGCCAAGGGUCUGGAUGACCUGCGGCAGGUGCAGCCCUUCGACCCCGUGAAGCGUCAGGUGAUGGGCCCGCCGAUCCGCUGCUUCUGUGACCGCCGCACGCUGCUGCACUGCCGACGUGCGUUUCCAUAUUUGUUCCCCAAGCCGGAGAAGGUCCUUGGCCUUGUGCAGGCUUUCUGCCAGUGCAACAGCGACUGCAAUGGCGACUGUGGGCCAGAGCAGAUGAGCGAUGGGCCCAAUCAACCGCAGAAGCUGACACGCUUCGUGGCCAGCAUGCAGUGGCAGGAGAUUCCCGAGGAUACCUCCCCGUUCUCCGUCGAUGGCUUCCCGUUCCAUGCCCUGCCGGUCCUGCACGGCGCCGACUACACCUGCUUUGGGUAUGGCUUCGGCCCACGUGGCUCACGAGUGGUCUACAUAUCUGACUACACGGCCCUCCUGCCAAAGACCGAAGCUUUGCUUGAUCGCUGGAGCCAACAGCCAGCCCGCACCUGA